AUGAUCGAAGAUGUAGAGGCAGAGAACUUAGACGACGCACCAGAUGUUGACUUCCCCCAUCAAGAUGCAGCACCGGCGGGUCAUGUACACUCGCGCCCGUCUCCAGAUACCGACAAUAACCCAGCGCUCCGCAAAACUCGACGGACUACAGUUGAGGAAGUCGAGGAUGAGGAUGGGAUGUUGUUCCCCAAUAACGGGCGAUAUUUCGAACCUCAGUCGGAUGCUGGCUGGGCACUGCGUGAGGGGGAGACAAAUUUUGAAAGAUAUAGAACGUACCAAGAGGAAGAGGGUGAGGAUCCAUGGUCGCCUUUCGAGGAUGCUGGCUCAGUCAAGAACCUCGGUCAGACGCGAACCGACGAAUUCCUAAAACUGCCCAUUGUAAGUUUGAAAGUACACAAAACCGCACGAAACUUUCGUUUCAUAACAACCUGCUCAUUCUUGCAGUGCAUGGACGAACUUCCACACGGGCCAGGAUGGAGUUGUAAGAAGGUGACUGUGCGUGGUAACUGCGAGGAUGAGAAUGGCGAGAUGUUGCAAGAGGAGUGCGUGAAAGAGCUCAUUGGCAACCCUGCCUUCAAAGAAGAUAUGGCCUACUCACCUGCCAAAGCAUAUGCAGACCGUGCAGGGCAAGAUAGGGUGAUCGACGAGAUGUGGACAGCAGACUGGUGGGGCGAUAAACAGAAAGCCUUGCCAGAAGGUGCCACGAUAGCACCAAUCAUUCUAUCUUCAGACAAAAUGUCCUUGUCGCAGUUCCGAGGGGAUAAAUCGGCGUGGCCGGUGUAUAUGUCCAUUGGAAACAUCACUAAAGCAAAACGGCGCCAAGCAUCAGCACGAGCGAACAGUCCUGAUUGGCUGUUCCACCAUUGCAUGGCUCUACUGCUUGAACCUCUCAUCGGUGCUGGAAAUGACGGUGUUGAAAUGGUGUGUGCGGACUCGUGGGUUCGUCGUGUCUACCCAAUUCUUGCAGCAUAUGUUGCCGAUUUCCCGGAACAGUGCUUGGUCAGUUGUUGCAAAGAGAACCGAUGUCCGAAGUGCCUUGUAGCAGCAAAUGAGCGAGGGGAUGCACUCCACUUGGCAAUGCGUGAUCCAGAGUCAACAAAAGAUAUUUUGCACAGGCGCAAGAUUGGUCAGCAUCCUCCGGAAUUCGAGGCCAAUGGUUUACGUGCCGUUUACAAACCAUUUUGGGCUGAUCUCCCUCACGCAGACAUUUUUCUAGCGUUCACGCCCAACCUUUUGCAUCAACUUCACAAGGGUGUGUUCAAAGACCACCUUGUGAAGUGGUGCAUCGAUAUCAUUGGGGAGGACGAAAUGGACUCACGUUUCAAGGCAAUCCCGAAUUAUCCCAGCCUUCGACACGUCAAGAAAGGGAUAUCAAGUGUGAAGCAGUGGACGGGACGUGAACACAAAGAGAUGCAGCGAGUAUUUGUUGGCUUAUUGAGCGGAGCAGUACCUAGGUGA